AGCAGGCUAUUAUACCCAAGCCAUUCAGUGUCAAUGCAGCAUGACAUAAUGGAUGCUUCUCCUAUUGUCCUCCUAGCUUCCAGGAUUGGCUGCAGAGUGUGGGAACCUCUAAGACGCCUCAGACCCACAUAUCUUAACCAGCCUGGACGGUAUAAAUAGAAGCCAAAGCCCCCGGCCAGCACAUUGCACGCAAGGCUACAAAGCCAAAGGGGUUUCCUCCUUAAGACUGAAACAUGGCACCCAGCACUGCUGGCUUAGAUCAUCAUAAGAUGUCUCCGAAGGAAAAAAACAAGUUGAGAAAACCGGCUGUGGAGAAAAUGCGUCGGGACAGAAUUAACAGCUGCAUCGAACAAUUAAAAAACCUCCUGGAGAAAGAAUUCCAUGUGCAACAACCCAACGUCAAGCUGGAAAAAGCAGAUAUUCUAGAGAUGACCGUUACCUAUCUGAGGAAGCAAAGGCUGCCCCAUGCCAACAACGGAGCCCAUCUCCUAAAUGAUGCACCGGUAGAUUUCAAAGAUGGCUAUUCCAGAUGUUUCAACGAAGUCCUAGACUUUUUGUCCCUGCAUCAAAAGCAUCAGGCAACGGAACUGAAGCUUAUAAACCACUUCAACUCCAACGAGGCCCCCCGAAUUCCAUCACCAACUCCAUCUAGAUGCUGUCCGAUCAAGCAAGGGGAUGCCAAUAAAAGCAGCACAAUUUGGAGGCCAUGGUAGACCUACAUCCGGUGGCCCAUGAAGAACAUUAAUCUGUGAAAUCCUGAGGGCUUUGAGAUGUAUUCUGCUGUUGUCCUCUUACCUUGUAGGAAAUAUUUUCCUGAUUAUCCUUCGUUUGUUGGAGGAUGGUAGAUUUUGAGAAAAAAUGGAGUGCGGCUGCACUAACUCGGUUUGAGUUUGCGGCUAAUAACCAAGCAUUCCAUUCUAUUGUAUUGUAUGUUGCAACAUUGGUAGAACAUUUUUGUUAAACGAGAAGUAUUGAUUAUUGAGAAGUAUAUUAUAAAUAGUUUUUUUCUUGUUAAGAAACUACUCUAUGGUUAAAGAACCUUCCCUAUGAUGGAGCUGUUGCAUUCCUUGUCAGUAGCCCCAGGGAAAGAGUUGUGAAGCACAGUGUGCUCAGAUGUUUAUUAUAUUUAUAUUAUUUGUGAUAAAUAGUAUACUGGAGGUUAUUUGGUAGUACUUAACCAUUAGAAAUUCUACUAAGUAGGAAAACACCUAUAUUGAAUUUUACCUUCAGUAUAAAAUGUUCAUUGUAUAAAAUUAUAGCAUGUGUGAAAGUGGUGAAUCACCAUAAAAAAAGAGAAAUUAAUAUUUACUUUUGUUAAAAAUAAAUUUCUCAAGUGUGGUUGUAAAAGCGGGUAAGCUUUAACUAAUAGUUAACUUGAUAGCCCUAUUGUUAGGAGAUAAGACUAUUUUUUUUUAACUAGUCGCCUCUUGCUUAUUUAAAAACUGUUAAUAUUAACAAACACUUCGGUUAUUAAAUAUACAGUCUUUAUUGUCAAAGAUGGAGAUUCUCCUAACUGAGGUUAUAUGACGUAUGUGGAAUAUUUCUGCAAUUCACUAUUUUAAUGAAAUAGUUAAAUAUUUAUGCUUUAUAGUAAAGGAACUGUGUAAGCUGGCAGUGUUUUUCAUUUUGGAAGUUACUUGUAUGUAUUUAAAUUGCAAAAUGCUUACAAGAUGUACUGAACAUUAAUGCAUAUUGUAUAUGCACAGUUGUAUCUGUUUUUUAAAGAAUAAAUAUAUAUAUAUUGAAUAA